CGGGCACUAUUUCACUCACUGCACCGGGAGCGCGCGCGCACAGAAGUCUGUCUGAAAGUUUAAACUCAAGAUGGCAAGUAAAAUCCUCCUGAGAUCCUGUCGACUGACUCUGAUGGGGAGACAAAACAUGUUAAUGAAAACACCUCAACGUGCGAUGGCCGGGAAAGGUAUUCCCACUGAUGAAGAACAGGCUGCAGGGCUGGAGAGACGCAUCCUGCAGGCGCUGAAAAAGGGCCAGGAUCCAUACAGCAUAUUAAAACCAAAGGAAUACACUGGAUCCAAAGAGGACCCUCAUAUUGUGCCAAGCAUCAACAAACAACGGCUCGUCGGCUGCAUCUGUGAGGAGGACAACACUGCUAUCGUUUGGUUCUGGCUUCACGAGGGAAACCCUCAGCGCUGCCCGUCCUGCGGCUCGCACUACCAACUGGUCCAUCAUGAGCUUCCACACUGAGCUGAAGCUCUCCAACACACACACACACACACACACCUGCACUUCUGAACCGCAGUGCCUAUGCCAAACAUGUACAGGA